UUUGUAUAACAAUCAACUACAGUGCAACAGUGCACUCAUUCUGCAUUUUCAGUGUGGCCAAUCAAAUUCCGUAAAAUAUUUACUGCUGUUGACAAAUUGGCCGGGAAAAGCAAAACAUGCGAAAUGUCAGUGCACCAGCUGAGUGAACUUCUUCUGCAUGCUAUUCAAGAAAAUCGCCUCAGAGAGGCAGGAACAUUGCUGAAGGAUGGUGCUGAUCCAAACAGAAUCUUAAUAGAAGCUGUCACCCCCUUCCACCUGGCUGUGGGUUCAGAAACCAAUGCUGUGGAGUUUACACGGCUACUUCUUCAGUAUGGAGCAAACCCUAAUGUCAGAGACACAGAAAGCACUACCCCAUGUCAUGUGGCUGCAGCUUAUGGCAAACUACAGGUGCUUAGACUACUAGUCAGCAAUGGAGGAGAUCCAUUUAUGGAAGAUAUGGAGUGCCAGUCUGCACUUGACCUAGCUCUGUUAAAUAACCACACUGAUGUGGCAGAGUACAUCCACAGUCUUCAGGAGGAUAGCAGAGAAGAACUACAGACUACUGUUAGAUCUAUUCUCAAUCAGCGUAUUUCUGCCUGGGAGCUGUCAUGUUUGUCCUUGCCGUCUCGUCCAAGCUCCGCUCUGUCAUCUGUUGGCUCAGAGUCCAGGCUUUCUGACGGCCACAGUUCAAAUUCUUUACUCAAUGUUUCCAAGCUCCAGGUAGUUAAUGAACCAAGAAAACAGAAGCACAGGCGCUCCCUUCGCCCAGUUAUAAACACUAAAGCUCGUCAGAGUUUCUACACAGAGAGUGUGAACCGACUGCUGGAGAAAUUUUCUGCUGACGAAGACAUUUUUGAUGUUUCAUCUCCAGACCAUCCUUUUAUAGCGCCAAAAGUGGAUAAUGUGGAUUUGGAUGACACUCUUCCAUGUAACACGGACACCACAGAGAGCAUUUGUGACACUAGAAAUAACAUUGAUGAAAACCUGCCAACAGUCACAUCAUUCGUGGAACCUAGUUCACUGUACCAGACUGCAGGAGAGACAUGCCUGGAUACAUUCCCUGCUCAAAGACAACCAAUUUCAAUGAAAUCAUUCAAUGACUCCACUUCUCAGUCUCCUUCGAUGCCAAAUAAACAUUCCAGUAACUUUCCAACACUACAAAAUCUAACAGCAAUGAAGUCAUUCAGUGAACUUGCAUCCCAGCAUACACCCACAGCAGCAGGUGAUGCAGCAUUCUUUGAUUCCCUGAGCAACAGAGGCCUUGACUCAAGACACCAAAAGUCUGAGCAAAACGACCCAGAGUUGAGUCUAGAUGAGAGCAGUGAAUCAUUUCACACCUGUGAAUCGGAUCAUGAAGGUCCAGUGACAGCGGCCCAGGAUGACUGCGACGGACUUGCUUCCCAGCUUGCAGGUGCUCUCUCCUUAGUGACCAAGUCUGAGGAAGAAGACGUGGGGCGAAUACUUGUGAUGAAAGACACCAGCAACAAAACAUCUCCAGCAUCAAAUUUUUACUUCACUGAUAACAAACCUGGUGGCAUGAACACCAGCAGCUCCACUGUGGGGUCUCUGGCAGACGGCCUGGAGUUUGGUGACCACAGCUUACUAACCCCUGACCACUCGGUGGUCAGUCCCCGUGCUGGUAGCCAGUGCAGCAGUGUGGUCAGCAGUGUGUCCAGUCUGGUGUCCGAGAUAGAAGAAUGGGUCCACACAGAAGACAAGGUUGGUGCUAGCAUCAUCGAGAUGCAUAUCCUGCCAGAACCGACUGCCGUAAACUCCAGUGUUCUCAGCGAGGUUCCUCCAGAGCCAGAGGACUACAAGGACUGGAACAGCUUCCUGCCAGCAGACAGUAAUCAGGUACAGAUCCCUGCAGAGCUGGCUGCACUGAGUAAUGAGGAGGUCAGGAGACGGCUGUUUAACAUGGGGGACUUCCCUGGCCCUGUGAUGGACUCCACCAGGAUGCUGUACCUCAGAAGGCUGGCCAGACUCUUACACAAUCCUGAUUUGGCUCAAAAACAUGUACCUGUGGAUAAGCCAGUGUACAAGCAAGAGUUGGCCUUAGCCUUAAAAGGUAACUUGGACAUGAGCGUGUGUGAGGGAUUGGAACAACAGCUGUGUGGUCAGUUUGCCAGUCCUGACCCCGCCAUGUUUUGGAGGGAGGGGAUACAGAAGUCCUCCUUUAACUACAUGUUACUGGACCCCAGAGUGACCAAGAACCUGCCUUGUAGAGCUAGGAACAUGAAUGAAGCAGAUGUUCUCCAGACCUUCAUUGCUGCCAUUUUUUACAUUGGCAAAGGCAAGAAGAGUAGAGGAUACAGCCAUUUCUUUGAAGCGCUAGAGAUCAAGAAUAAGCAAAAUAAAAAGGAAAACCAAAAGGUGAAGCACAUAUUGGAGAUCUGGGAGGAAGGUCUGGGUGUGGUCUCUCUACAUGUCUUCAACAGUAUUAUUCCAGUAGAAGCCUACACCAGGGAGGCUGCCAUGAUAGAUGCUAUAGGACUAGACAGGUUGACUAACAUAAAGAAAGGAGAUUACUAUGGUAAGGCUAGCACAUGGACAUUGAAACAGAAAAGACUACUGGGGACGUAUCUGCUGAAGAAAGCUCUGCAGAUAUUUCUGAUAGAAGGAGAGAGACAGAUCAGGCCAGGAGAUCUGAAAAAUAAAUAAACUGAUAUAUUUUGGGCAUUCUGUAUGUAGCUUUUUUUCCAAAACUCAUUCAAAAUAUAAAAUACGGCUCAGGAUUUUUCAGGAUAUACAAAACAGUUGUUGUAUAUUUGAAUUCCUGAGGUAUGUCCUAUUUGAACUCCGUCACAAGUGGUCAACUCUAGGGGUCAUGACCUUGCUUCAUGAAAUCCAUAUUGUUCCUGAAAGGUAGCUGAUCCUCAGAUGUUUAUACAUGUAAUAUAUAAUACAGCUUGAGGAUUUUAGUGAUAUACAAAACAGUUGUUGUAUAUUUGAAGUCCUGAGGAAUGGCCGAUAUAUAUUUGAAUUCUAGGGAUCUUGACCUUGAUUCAUGAAAUCCAGUGUUCCUGAAAGGUCAUGAUCCUCAGAUGAUUAUACAUGUAUCUAAAUGUAGUCAAACAUAAGACCAUUGAGUCUGCUCACUAUAGCAUUCUUUUAAUUUUCAAUCAGUUUGAUGAAAUAUUCUGCCUAAAUGAUAUACAAGUGAUUUUAAACCAUCAGCAAUAAUGAAAUCCACCUGUAUGUAAUGAGUUUUGUACUCUUCAUUGUCAUUCAUCUUUAUGUAUGAUGUUGCAGGCGAGGUCCCCGUAAAGUUACCCCUGACAAAGGGUAUUAUAAAAAUUUGGCAAUUGUUAUGGGCAUAAUCCACAGUUGUUAAUUUUUCCAUUGAAGUAAGACAACUUCAUAUUGUUUUUAUUUUAAUUGUUAACUUGCAUAAUAAAUUUUUUAAUUGUUAGAGUAUAUGUAGAAGAAAGCAUUUCCGCGUUUGAUUUAGCAUAGUAUAUAUUGACCUAUCAAAGUAGAUAUUGUGAAGAAUUAAGACAAGCACAACCUUAAUGACAUGUUUAAAAGGAUAGAUAUGUAAAUUCAUUGUAUCAGUAGCAGUAAUAGUGAUCUAAUGAGAUAUAUGUAGCAUGUGAAACUAUUACGUGGUAUAUUUUAACAUCUUUUGGUCUAGCAAAUUAGCCAACUGAAAUCAAUUUAAAAAUAAAGUUUCUGAAUUCUGAGAAUUCCAAUUUUGCAAGUAUAAUUAUGAAUAAAACAGUGGUCUGAGAAUUUUA